AUGACUUUUCUGGGAGGGUCUUCACCCGGCAUCUGGGCCAUCAUUCCCACCAUCAUGCGUAAGUUCGGCAUCUUUCCACCAGAGAGGGAACUGCCGGCCACUGCCUGGUAUACCAGCAGAGACACUGAGACUCCCGUCUACGAGAUACUCAGCACACUACAGUACUUCAGCAUGCAGUACAGCUUCUUCAUGGCGAUGUGCCUCGACCUGCUUUUUGUUUGCAUUAUAAUUCAUGCUGCUGGUCAGUUGGAGGUUCUCAAUGCUAAAUUGAGACGCGUUGGUAAAAUUAUUGGAAACCACCAUGAUGACGCUCACAAACAACGAAAGGUACAGGAGGAACAGUUGGACAAAGAUUCUAGUGGAGAAACUGUGUGGGAAGAUCUCUGUAACUGGAUCAGGCAACAUCAGGACGUCAUUGAGUUGAUUAAAGAAAUUGAGAGGUUGCUGAGCAAAAUCGUCCUGCUUCAGUUCACUGGAGCUACUGUUAUUAUUUGCGUCACUCUAUUCCAAAGCUCUAAGAACUCUCGCCUUGCGAAGUCCGCCUACUACUGCGGCUGGCCUGGGGCGCCUCCAGACGUGCAGCGCGCCCUGGUGUUCAUCAUCUGCAGGACUCAGAGACCUCUGGGACUGACCGCCGGCAAAUUCUACUACGUCUCACGAGAAACGUUUGUCCGGUUGAUGAGUGCUUCCUACUCAUACUACGCUCUUCUCAACCAGGUGAACGACAAAUGA